AUGCUCAAGGACGGGGCGUUGGUUCUGGUUGGAGUGUGCGUUGCCCUGCAAGUCCAAGCGCUGCUUCGAGUGAUACGAACGAAGAAGUCUUCUUCGUCACAUGACGGGGACGCCAAUGAAGGCGUCGACUUAGCCGAUCCCAUUAAGCAUGCACAUCGCCACCACUCAUGGAGUGACAAAGAACUGACGUACUUUGAGAAGGACCAACGAAGUACUGGUAUGCUCGUGUUGAUGCGACAUGGCCAGUCCGUGUGGAACCGCAAGCCUGCGCGUCCAGACUUUGUCUGGCGAUAUGCUGGCACGGUGGACAUCCCGCUGUCCGAGGUGGGGAUGCAGGAAGCGCUCGAAGCGGGUCAUGCUCUCCAGCAUAUUCCGUUGGACCUGGUCUUUUGCUCGCAGAUGGAUCGUGCACGCACCACCGUCGCCCUAGCUCUUUCUUCCCACGACAGCGGCAAGACACCUGUGGUCGUGCACACAUCACCACUAUCGGCGCCGGUAUUCGACGACCUCGUGGAGCCCCACCCGACGCGGUUCGUCCUGCCCGUUUACGUCACAUCGGCUUUGAACGAGCGCCACUUUGGCUCGCUCCAAGGGGUCCCGAGCACGCAGCACCCCCCCGACAUCGGCGGCGCCAUCCGCAACGACUACCGACUCAAGUUUCCUGGCGACAAGGGCGAAAGUUGCGCCGACGUCGAGGCGCGGGUGAUGCCGUUCUUUGUCGCAUGCAUCCAGCCGCACCUGGCAGCCGGCAAGAACGUGCUCGUGUCCACCCACGGGUUUGUCAUCCGCACCCUGAUCAAAGUCCUCGAAGGCCUCGAUGAUGCCACGUACUUGGCGCACAUGGCCAUGGAGAAGUCCAACCCAGAAGCCUGCCGCCUCCUUGCCCCCACGGGAGUGCCCUUGUUGUAUGCGUUUGAAAAAGGUGUUGACGAAGACGGGGGCAGGUUGGUUCCUGUGGUGACUGAAAACCGACGCGCCCGCGCCAGAUCCAUCGCGCGAAGCUUGAGUAAAGACAAUAUGGUACUUGACACAUGA